AUGGAUGAAGAAGUUGUUAAUCGAGAUCGAAAUUCUGCGACGGUAGAAUGCGAAGCUACUCGGAAUCAGGGUAGCGGAGAUCUAAUGAGUUUGCUAGGGUCCGACCAUCCAGGUAUGAUUCUAGUUUCGGUACCUUUGAUAGGGAGUAAUUUUCGAUCUUGGUGUCAUGCUAUGAAAAUAGCAUUGGGAGCCAAACAGAAGUUAGGGUUUGUGGAUGGUUCUAUUCUGGAACUAGAAGAGGGAUCUGAGGGUCAUGAGAAGUGGAAACGAUGUGACUACAUGAUUACAUCCUGGAUCUUGAACUCUAUGUCUAAGGAGUUGGUAGAGGCAUUCAUAUACACUGCUUCAGCUAGGGAAUUGAGGAAUGAAAUAGCUGAGAGUUGUGGUGCUGCAAAAGAACUUGCGGAUAUAAUUGAUAGGAACAAAUUGAUGCAGUUUCUCAUGGGACUUGAUGAGAGUUUUGAACAGGCAAGGAAUCUGAUUUUCUUGAUAGAUCCUCUUCCAUCAAUAAGCAAGGCUUACUCGACAGUUAUAAAGUUUGAAACUCACAAACAAAUUGCAUCUAAUUUUUCUGAAUUAACUGGUGAGGUGGCUUUGUUUUCUAAGGGGCAAGGUAUUAAGAAAGAACAGAAGAAAUAUGAUCCUAAGAAGGGACAUUGCAAUUACUGCAAUAUGGAUGGGCAUAUAAGGGAGAAUUGUUUCAAAUUGGUUGGAUAUCCAGAUUGGUGGAAGUCUAGGAAUAAGAAUCAACCUAGACAAUAUAAAUCUGCUGCAGCACAAGUAGUUAAGGCAGAUCAGUUGUUUACAAAUAUGAAUGUAGUGGAUACGCCACUAGAGGCUUGUGAAGAUAAUCACAGUAUUGAAGAUCUAAGUGUGAGAUUGGGGUCAAUUCAACAAGAAUUACAAAGGUUGAUAAAGGGAAAGGCAUUUGUGGCAGCUAAUGUGAUGGGACCUGACCUUCAGACUGAGAAAGUGAUAGCGGUGGCACAUAAAGUUGUAGGGCUCUAUAAGCUAGAUAAAUCUUGUUUUUUGGCUUCUAGUAUAAACGAUUGUUUGUUGAGUCUGCAAAACAAUUUCUUGAUUUCUUCACCUUUUGAUGCUAUGGUCAAGAUUAUUAGGACUGAUAAUGGUGUUGAGUUUGUAAAUAGUAAUUUUGCUCAACUGGUGUCUGAUAGAGAUAUAAUUCAUCAAAGAACAUGUCCCUAUACCCCACAACAGAAUGGGAUUGUUGAAAGAAAACAUAGGCAUCUUCUAGAUAUUGCCAGAGCUUUAAGGAUACAAGCACAGUUACCUAAAGAGUUUUGGUCAGAAUGUGUCUUAACAGCCACAUAUAUCAUCAAUAGGUUGCUUAUGCAAAAAUUUAAUUGGCUCACACCAUAUGAGUUACUUUACCAUAAAUUACCAGAUUAUAGUCAUAUGAGAGUGUUUGGUUGUUUGUGUUAUGCUGUCAAUCUCAAUCCUUACAAGGAUAAGUUUGAUGAUAGGGCAAUUCAAUCUGUUUUCAUUGGUUAUUCAGGAGUGAAUAAAGGGUAUAAGUUGUAUAGUUUGAAGGAUAAGAAAAUAUGUCCUUUAUCAACUGUCACAGAUAUUACUAUCAAUGAUAAUGAUUCUCAUCAUUCCCCACCUAAUUCUUUACCUUCUUUAUCUUCUCUACCUCUUUCUAAUGACUCAUCUUCUCUUUCUUUGCCUUCACCUCAUCCUCCUUUAAGAAGAUCAACUAGAACAGAAUGA